AUGAUGUUGCCAUACGCUGAUGUCGACUUGAAUGACUCGCCUAUAGUCGUUCUUGGUUGCGGACAUUUCUUCACGACUGAAACACUGGAUGGACUUGUCGGCCUCAAAGAUGUGUACAGUCUCGACGCAUCCACAGGUCUCUAUACCGGGCUCGUUGAGAAUGCCGAGCUUUCCGCAUCGAUUCCACAAUGUCCAAAUUGUCGAGAGCCUAUCAAGCAAUUCGUCACUCAGCGGUACAACCGACUCAUUAAUCGAGCUGUCAUCGAUGAGAUGUCUAAACGCUUCAUUGUAAACGGUCAACAGGAACUGCAGCAACUACAAGGCCAGCUUGAAGACGUCCGAAAAGAGCUUGAAGCGUCGCAAAAGGGUGUUGUUCCGGCCGAAAUUAUCCAAUUACGUGGCGAAGCGGCUCACGAGUUUACCAUGCAGUCCAUCAACGACGAGAUCAGGAACCGUUCCGGAGACGCUGUCAACCUGUUGAAUGCAGUAAAAGCGUUCCAACGUCGGAUGAACAUUCGACAUCAACCGACCUACAAGCUGCACGAAGCAACUCUUCGUAGUAUAUCGCAGGACGGCUCAUUGCAUGCCGAGCUCGCAAAGUUGAUGAUCGAUUCUUCAAAAACGUCCGCCAAGCGCGAUCGUGACCAACGUAUCGUUCUUGGAGGUAGACUGCUGGAGAUCAAAGUUCGCUGCUUGGUGCUUGAAGACAACUUUGAGAUCAUGCGUGCCGUGACCCGGAAAAAUCUUCGGAGUGAACUGCCCCUUCGGUUUUCAGGGGGUGCGCCGCUCGUCGAAACGCAUCGGUUCCUCAAAGACGCCGAAAAACUCAUCGGUGAUUCUAUCUGUGAGAGUCUGCCCAAACUUGCAGUUGAGGCAACACUCCACUACGCACGAGCUGCUCAGGCUUUCGGUAGUGCCCAGGCUGGUCAAAACGACGAUCGCGCCAAAGCUGUCAACUACCGUAACGUCGCAAAGGAUCUGUUGGCGAAGGCAGACGGGCUCUGUGAGCAUCCCUUCGGCGGUCGUGAUGAUUUGCGCCAAGCUAUCGCCGCUGCAUCGACGAUGCUGAGCAAAGAGUUCUAUGAAACGGUAUCGAAGGAGGAGCUGGAGUCUAUCAAAAAGGCUAUGGUCAGCGGACGCGGCGGUAUCGCAACUCACUCUGGACACUGGUACAAAUGUGUCAACGGACAUCCUUUCGCAAUCGGAGAGUGCGGCAUGCCUAUGGAGGUGGCGCGUUGUCCCGAGUGUGGCGAGCGUGUUGGUGGUCAGAGCCAUACCGCUGUCGCGGGAGUGUCGCGCGCAAUGGAGAUGGAGAUUUGA